CUGUCUGACAGUACUUAAACUCGAUUCACAAUGUUAUCCUAAUCAUCUUCUUCACAACAACCACUUUUCAAAAAUGGCAUCACCUCAUAUGGAGGAUGAAGAGUCCUACAUGCUACCAAACUCACGCGUGAUGGAAAAGAAAAAGAAAACAGCUCACCAACAUUUCUCAACGCUAAAGUUCUCUAAAUGGCAAACAUGGACUUUUGGUACCGUUGUUACUUUGGCUUUGGUAUGGGUUUUCUUUCACCUUGGGUCAUCAAAACCAUCUACAAGUAUACCACAAAAGUCUGAUUGGAACACAGUUGUACCAGAACGAGUAAGCCUACCUAAUGACUUUUCCGGUCCUUAUACGUCAAAUACCGUGAAUUCUACUCUAGGCUUCGGAAAGAUUUUCGUUAUUCACCUACCAUACCGAUCUGAUAAAAAGGACCAAUUACUAAUGAUGUCUCGCCUGCAAGGAAUCGAUAUGACUUUUAUCAAUGCAAGAACCCCAUCUGAAUUAAAGCAGUCUGGUUUACCAUGGCAAAGUAAAGAAUUUCAGGAAACACGAAGAACAGGAGUAGCAUCUUGGAGAAGUCAUUCGGACGCUAUUCAAGCAAUUCUUGAGAAUGAUUUGAGUUCAGCUCUUAUUCUUGAAGAUGAUGGCGACUGGGAUAUGGAUGUCAAAUAUCAAAUGGCACAACUUCAUCAACCGUUUGCAACUUUGAUAAACUCAUUCAAUAAACCAGCAAAUGCGACUUUGCUCUCAUCCACAAAAGAUGAUCCUUGGCUUUCAUCAGAAUGGGAUGUAAUCAAUUUCGGAACUUGUCUUGAUCAACCGUUCGGAGAGAAUGAUCAUAUUGGCGAAAUUGAUCUGAAACAUCCUCCUCUUGUUGCUUAUGAGGACAAAACGUUGGCCGACUUGGAAGAUACUUUACCGCAAAAUCGGGACAUUAUGAACAAGUACAACUAUACAGCACCAAGCAGAAGCCAACCAAAUGCCCAACAAACAAACGGGAUGAAACAUCGUCGUUUAGCAAUUUUAACAAACAAAGCAGUCUGUUUGAACGGAUAUGCAGUGUCUCGAAAGGGUGCUAUGAAAUUGCUUUACCAUUACUCCAAAGGUAUUACAGAACCCAUUGACCUUGCUUAUGCUGGAUUGAGCAACAAAGGCUUGAUAAGAAGUUGGUCAGUCAUUCCUGCCAUUAUGACCCAAUGGAAAAUUCAAGAUUCAGAACACAGGAAUAGCGAUAUAUUCUUUCCUGAUUCUGGUAAAUUUGUUCAAGAAGCUGAUACAAGCAAUCAUAAUCCUUGGGUUGGCCAUGCGCCUUCUUUGAAAAACAGUGCUCGAAGGUAUAUUAAAGAAUUGGUUGAAUCGAAUCGACCUUUUUGAUGUAAAAGUGCUGCUUCUAUGCAAUGUUGCCGUGAAUAUAAUACUGUAGUCUAUCGAACUUUUCUAUCGAACGCAGAUCCCGCGUGAAAUCUUUUGUUUUAAGCUAAGCGCAGCGCGUUCAGAUUUGGUGCCUGACUGGCACUUCGGCAGUCAUAAAGUGACAGUGAGACAUUGCCUAAUGCAGUUCUUAAAAAGAUCAAAGCC